GCUGAAAGUAACGCAUAUGCGGUGGAAUCAUGAUUCUUUUGGAAGGAGCCAGACCAAGUCAUGUGCUCUAUCAACCAGAAGUAAAUUGUACUCCACCUCUCCAUUGCAUCUCUUUGAAGGACCAUAGGAAGAAAGCACUAGAUGGAUUCAGUGACAGCAUUUUAGUGAAACUCAUAAGCGAUCAGUUUGUGUCCAUUGCCUCUCAUCCUGUAACCGAGCACCACCGAAAAAAGCCUGACUCUGUCCUCUUUGCACCAUCCCUUCAGUGGAGGGGAACAGAAGUAUACCUGUAACACAAGCUGCUCUACUCAGUCGUACUCAAAAAAGACAAGCAUGCCUGGUGCAAACAGAACAGAGAUGGAAGAGAAGAAACCUUUGAACCACACGGCUGGCCAGGAGCGAAGACUGUCACCUGGGAGAAGUAACUGUGCUGGAAACCUCUGUCAAUCUGAGAAGAAGCUCCAAGAGGCUAUCUGUGUGCUGCUGGUGGAGCUGUGUGAGCGAUUCACAUUCUUUGGCAUUGUCUGCAACAUGAUCCUCUUCUGCACUGUCAAACUUGGCUAUCGCAACUACCAGGCAGCUAUUGUCAAUAUGUGCUUUGUAGGCACCUCCAUGUUGACGCCAGUACUGGCUGGCUGGCUUGCUGAAAGCCUUGUGGGGAGGAUCAAGCUUGUGUGCAUCUGCAUGUUUCUACAUUUCCUAGGCACAGCCCUGUUACCUGUUGUGGCAUUCCCCUUUGAAGAUAUUUACAUUGACAGACGACAUAUUCUUCAUACGCUAACCAAAAGGGAGCAGAAAAUAAUAUUCUACUUUGCACUACUCACAGCUAGUCUGGGAAUAGGAGGCAUAAGAGCUAUAGUUUGUCCAUUAAGUGCGUACAACCUUGAGGACUGUGGACCAAAGGAACUUCUUUCUUUUUUCAACUGGUUUUAUUGGCUGAUUAACUUAAAUUCAGCAGUUGUCUUUGUCAGCAUUUCUUAUAUCCAGCAGUCUGUGGCCAGGAACCUUGGUUUCCUUAUCCCAUUUGUGUCCGUGCUUAUGGCUAUGAUCACAAUACACAUGGUGCGUGGUGAAAUGAUAUACAAACCCAAAACAGACAGUUCCCUGUUGACGACUUUUGGGGUAAUUGCUAGUGCACUGAAAAUGUGCUACAUCCGAUAUCGCUACUUUAGUGGAGGUGUGACAAACUGGCUAGAUCACGCCAAGGAAAACUAUGGUGGUCGGUACAGUGAGACUCAGGUGGAAAGCACAAAGUCGCUUGCCAGGCUCUUCCCAUUGUUUGCUUUCCAAAUUCUAUACAGAACGUGUAUUAUGCAGAUUCCUUCAGGCUAUUAUCUCCAAACCAUGAAUUCCAACCUGAACUUCAGUGGAUUUGUCUUGCCAGUUGCAGCAAUGAAUGUGAUAAGCAUUGUGCCACUACUGAUUCUUGUUCCUAUUUUGGAGUGCAUUAACUCACGUCUUUUUAGUUCCAAGGACACUGGAUAUUCUCCAGCAAUUUACAUUGUUGUAGGUCAGUUAUCUGCUGCACUUUCAGUGAUGAUUGCUGGCUUCUCUGAAAUACACCGAAAGCACUUCCCUCCGGUGGAGCAGACGCUUUCCGAGGAGGUUCUCCUGGUCUCCUCCAUGCCUUGCUUCCACUUAGCUCCUCAGUACAUCCUCCUUGGAGUGGCUGAAGCUUUGGUAACUCCGUCCUGUUCUUUACUUUCAUUCUGGCUUGUGCCAGAAAGAAUUAGAGGGAUUUCCAUGCAUUUUUUAACUCUCUUUAAUGGAGCUGGCUGCUUCAUGGGAGCUUUCUUUGUUCAGACAGCGCACGCAGGCACUCAAGGCAACUGGUUUCCACACUUGCUGCAUGAAGGUAAAUUGGAGAGAUUCUUCUUCUUCUUGGCUUCCUUAAUGAUGGUGAACACCCUGGGGUUCUGGGCGAUUGCACACAGAUACAACAAUCUGAAUCAGGAAUACACCAAUGAAUUCAGAGGAAAUCUUCCUGAAGAAAAGCUUUUGAAGCAUGAAAAAGCCAUCAAGCAUUAUGAUAGUGUCCUGGAAAGUUCUCCCAUUUUGUCUUCUAUGGAGAAAACCUGAUAAAAUUUCACCACUAAAUUUUGAUUGUGUUACCGAUCAGCUUUCUAAUGAUAAAUUACCUGGUGUACUUAAGUGGAACUGCCAGUGUAUUUAUGAAUUAUCUUAGGAAUAAUAGUGUUAUUUAUAAGACUACAAAAUAGCAGUCAUCAUAGGCUUUGGCCUUGUAGGAUGCUGCACUGUCAUAAUGCAUGUUGAGGACAAUGAGAGCUCACUGCUUGGCAUGGAUGAUGGAGAGAGGCUUUUAAUCUCUACAGGGAAACAGAUAGAUAUCCACAUGUAUUUGUACUUAGUAAUGGUUCAAACUUAAUAAACUCAUGUAUACCUUUGUUCAGCAAACUAUUUUGUGACAGUAUCAUUUAUAAAUAAUUUUGGAGUCUGGUAUUGGCUGGCUGAUACUUGCAAAGGUGAGAGACUCGUGUGCUAUUCUUAGCUCUGCUACUUAUCUGCUAUCCGGCCUUCAGCAAGUUGCUUUUUACCUUAGUUUCCCCAUCAGUGAAAUGGACACAGCUACACUAACCGUCUUUGCAAAUUGCUUUGAGAUCUACAAAAAAUACACUAGAAACUAUAUACCAGUAAUAAGUUCAUAAAGUAUGUCAUGACAGAUUGAUGCUGAGGCAUCUUGUCUUUUAUUUCACAUAAGCAACGUGAGAUUUGUCAUUCCUAAAAGGUGAUACACAGAAAAUUGCUAGUAGGAGAACUGGACACUAGAAUUUAUUCAGAUCAAAAUUACUAAUUGUAGCUCAGUUGAAGAGGGUGAAGGGAAUUAGGACUUCUUGUCCUAAUUGGGAAGGGGUAGAUGCAGUUGGAAAUGGGAGAAAAAUUAUUAGUAAAAUGUAUUCCACUUUAAAGAUCUAAACAGUGUUAAACACUUGCCAAACUGGCUAACUUGUGUUUUGCGAACAAUGCUAACCUAGCACUUAACGUUACUUUUUUUUAAGUCAUAUUUCUAAAAAGAGUGAGGAUAGAAUUAGCGGCGUUAUGUGAUAAGGAAACGUAAUGAACCCAAAACCUAAAGGAGUGCUUUGAUAUCAAGAUGUUCGUAUUAGAAGUGGUAGUCAAGCCAGAAUGCUUGCUAGGUAUGAGGAAUGCUCUACCACAGCAGAAACUACAUUAAAGGAAUAUAAUGAGCUGAAGUGACACAGAGGGUGUAGUUUGUGAGCUGAAAUUAUGAAAGAGCCAGUAAAGGAAAUAAUCUCUCCACCGUUAACCAUAUUUAAUGCUGUAACUUUGGGUUGGGUGUUGCAGGAGGGGGAGCAAAAUGUAGUAAACACAUCUAAGAAGUAGAAAGGAAGGCGGUCAGGAGCUGUUAGUUUGAUCUAACUUGCAUUUUAGGUUCUGUUGUUUUGGGUUUUGGUUUUGGUUUGGUUUCUUUUUUUUUAAUUAAAAGAGAAUAUUUAAAGUCAUGCGAUAAAAGGAAAAUUGAAUAAAAUGUAACACAGAUAUAUCAAAGGUAGAUUCGUGUAAUAAGGAUUCUUUUUCUAAACAAAACAUAGUAGAGAUGAUCUGCCUUGCUUUCAGUAAAGCAUUUGACAUAUGUCGUGUGGGAAAUAACUUGUGAAGUUGGAGAUCAGGGUCAGCAGAAGAGCUACAAGGUGGCUGGGGGACCUGUUAAAGCCCAGAUGGCAACAGAUAUUGUAGAAAGGGUACCCAUCUGGAAGAGAGUUUUUUGUGGAACUUGUUUAAUGUUUUCCUUCAUGGUAAAACAGAAUGUGACCCUAGGAUGCACUGGUGGAGAUGGAGGAAGUAUAUCUUCAUACAAGUUCAUCUGAAAUGGUCAUCCAUGUCAAAGUUGUGCUUUCUGACUAACGUGUGAUGUCAUGGUGGAGCUGAGUGUACAACUCCCAGUUUGCCCUGUCAGAAGUUGGGGGGGAAGGCUGUCUGCUUGCCUUGCUCUGGCUCUUGCCCUGCCAGCAAGAGACAGCCUCUUUCUCCAAAAGUGACUGCAUAAGCUGGGCUGGUGCUGGGGCUGUGAGGCAGCAAAAGGCUGAAGCACCUAGUCUCCAAGGGCAGCGAAGAGUAGGAGACAGAUUGAUUUCCACAUAUGUGAGUAAAUCUGUCCAUCCUACCUGACAGUUAUUUGCUUGUAUGGUAUUAUUUCUAAAUGGUGUUUGUAUUGCAAUAAAACCAGCUUUAAGCCACAGAAGCUCCCAGUUUCUUUCCAUAAAGAAAAAGUGAGAAAUCCUUGAAUAUUUCACUUGAC